AUGUCAGUGAGCAACUCGGUGGCCGGGACGGGGGUGGGUGCGGACUCCGUUCCCGUAAUCCCAGCGCCCGCCCCAGCCGCCGGGAACGGUGCGCCCGCUGUUCCGGCAAACAAUGAGGAUGAGGAUGUUAAGCCCGAGUGGAUGGUCCCCAUCCGCGGGAUGGUUCACCCGCCCACCGAGCCUGGAACUCGACCGCACCGAAACACCAAUCAACUCCAGUUCAUGCUGAAACACGUCAUGAAAGCUGUUUGGAAGCACAACUUCGCGUGGCCUUUCCAGCAGCCGGUCGACACCAUCAAGCUGAACCUGCCGGACUACUUUAAGAUCAUCAAAGUACCCAUGGACCUCGGCACCAUCAAGAAGCGUCUGGAGAAUUGUUACUACUACGAUGCCCAAGAAUGCAUCAAUGACUUUAACGUGCUGUUCUCGAAUUGCUACAUUUACAACAAGCCGGGCGAAGACGUCGUGUUGAUGGCGCAGUCCUUGGAGAAGCUGUUUCUUUCGAAGCUCGCUGAAAUGCCCCAGGAAGAAACGGUCUUGCCGCUACCUCCUUCGAAAGGUCCGAAAGGCCCCAAGAAGAAGCCUGGCCCGGUCCCCAAGGCGCUGCAACAACAACAACAGCAGCAACACCUACCGCCGCUCCCGCCGAAGCCACAUCACUUUUUGCCAGGAGCCGGUGUUCCCCCCAUAGACCUCGGUGUAACUCCGAACAAGGUGAAGAAAGGCGUCAAACGAAAAGCCGACACAACAACCCCCGGUCAAACGCCCAACGAUCUUUAUGGAACGCCCAUUCCGGGACCACCGGACUCGAAAAAGAUUUCGACGAGACGGGAAAGCGGACGACCCAUAAAGAAACCUGUGAAAGAUAUUCCCGAGUCUGCGCAACACAGUAAAGUGAAGCGGGGAAAAAUGACCGAGAAGCUCAAGUACUGUAACUCUAUCAUCAAGGAGCUUUUCGCGAAGAAACAUUCGGCGUACGCGUGGCCUUUCUAUACGGCGGUCGAUGUCGAAGGUCUAGGUCUCCACGACUACUACGACAUCAUAACGCAACCGAUGGAUUUAGGAACUAUCAAAACGAAAAUGGAGCGUCGCGAAUAUCGGAAUCCGGACGAUUUCUGCAACGACGUUCGUCUAGUUUUUAUGAACUGUUACAAAUAUAAUCCGGCAGAUCAUGAAGUCGUGAAGAUGGCUCGCAAACUUCAAGAUGUGUUCGAAAUGAAACUCACAAAAAUGCCUAAUGAACCCAUACCUGCAAGUUCGGCUAGCAGUGACUCGGACGAGGCUUCUGAAUCUGAAGUCGCCAGCGCGGAAGACAGCGAUAGCGGCGACGACAGUGAAGCCGAGCGGGAGCGCAAGUUGCAACAGCUUCAGGAUCAGCUGAAAAGGGUUACGGAGGAAAUCUCGGCGCUGGCCGCUCAGUCCCGAAGUUCUUCGAAGAAGAAAAAGAAGAAGUCCCAAAAAGAGAAGGACAAGGAGAAGGCUAAGAGUCCGUCGAAGUCUCGAGUCAAACGCGAAAUGAAUAAGGCGACCAACAACAAUAACAAUAAUAAUAACAACAAUACAGCGAAGCCCAAACGCCAGAAGCGCGAAACCGCUGUUGCGCGUGGCGACUUCGACUCCGAGGACGAGGACAGCGCCAAGCCGAUGUCGUACGACGAGAAACGACAACUUUCUCUCGACAUCAACAAGCUGCCCGGGGAUAAACUUGGUAGAGUUGUACAUAUUAUUCAGUCGCGAGAACCUUCGUUGCGAGAUUCUAAUCCGGACGAAAUCGAGAUCGAUUUCGAGACGCUCAAACCUUCGACACUCCGCGAGCUCGAGAGCUACGUGGCGUCGUGUCUGGCGAGAAACGCGAAGAAGCCUCGGAAACCUUACGGAACAGGCACAAAGCGUGCAGGGAAGAGUAAAGAAGAAACAGUCAAAGACAAGAAACAGGAGCUGGAACGGCGACUGCAAGACGUCAGUGGACAAUUGGCUCCAACGCAACCACCAGCUCAGCCUACGAAUGCCGCCGCAAACGCUACAUCGAACGCGGGUGCCCACAAGCCGGCGAAAGUUGGCGGCGGAGCGCCUCGUUUGAGCGUUAGUAGUAGUAGUUCGAGUGACAGUGACAGCAGUACAUCUUCCUCAAGCAGCUCGAGCAGCGAGGAGUCCUCCGAUUCCGAAUCAGGUUAA